UCUCCCGGCAGGGGGCGGGGCCCUGUUGCCAGAGUAACCGGAUGAUGGUGUGGAUGGCGGUGCCUUCCUGUGGCAACUCGGCUUCUUCGCGCUGAGAUCCUGAAACUAUGAGUUACAGUGAAAGAUUCGUUUUCAUUGUGGAGUGGUAUGAUCCAAAUGCUUCACUUCUUCGGCGCUAUGAGCUUUUGUUUUACCCAGGGGAUGGAUCUGUUGAAAUGCAUGAUGUGAAGAAUCAUCGCACCUUUUUAAAGCGGACCAAAUAUGAUGACCUGCGCUUGGAAGAUUUAUUUAUUGGCAACAAAGUGAAUGUCUUUUCUCGACAAUUGGUGUUAAUUGAUUAUGGAGAUCAAUAUACAGCACGCCAACUGGGCAGUAGGAAAGAAAAAACAUUAGCCCUCAUUAAACCAGAUGCAGUAUCAAAGGCUGGAGAAAUAAUUGAGCUGAUAAACAAAUCUGGAUUUACUAUAACCAAACUCAAAAUGAUGAUGCUUUCAAGAAAAGAAGCAAUGGAUUUUCAUGUAGACCACCAAUCAAAACCCUUUUUUAAUGAGCUGAUCCAGUUUAUUUCAAGCGGUCCUAUAAUUGCCAUAGAGAUUUUAAGGGAUGAUGCCAUAUGUGAAUGGAAAAGACUACUUGGACCUGCAAACUCUGGGGUGGCACGUACAGAUGCUUCUGGAAGCAUUAGAGCCCUCUUUGGAACUGAUGGCAUAAGGAAUGCAGCUCAUGGCCCUGAUUCUUUUACUUCAGCUGCCAGAGAAAUGGAGUUGUUUUUUCCUUCGAAUGGAGGUUGUGGACCAGCAAAUACUGCUAAAUUUACCAAUUGCACCUGUUGCAUUGUUAAGCCCCAUGCUGUCAGUGAAGGACUCCUGGGAAAGAUCCUGAUGGCUAUUCGAGAUGCAGGAUUUGAAAUCUCAGCUAUGCAGAUGUUCAAUAUGGACCGGGUUAAUGUUGAAGAAUUCUAUGAAGUUUAUAAAGGAGUAGUGUCUGAGUAUAAUGAGAUGGUGACAGAAAUGUAUUCUGGUCCUUGUGUAGCACUGGAGAUUCAACAGAAUAAUGUUACAAAGACAUUUCGAGAAUUCUGUGGACCUGCUGAUCCUGAAAUUGCCCGGCAUUUACGCCCUGAAACUCUUAGAGCAAUAUUUGGUAAAACUAAGAUCCAGAAUGCUGUUCACUGUACUGAUCUGCCAGAGGAUGGCUUACUAGAGGUCCAGUAUUUCUUCAAGAUCUUGGAUAACUAGCAGAACAGAAAGUCAAGAAGUCAGACAUGGGGGCAUUUAGACAAGAGUGAAUCACACACAUUAGGAAUGUGUU